AUGGAUUCUCACGCCCCGGAACCGUCUAACAAACGGCCCCGGUCUCCCACCGCCGAUCAUGUUGCCUCGUCGAAAGUCCAGAAAACCCUCUCGAGCCACCUGCAGAUCAACUACCUCGCGCGCCAAUACCCGGAUAAUCUCCCGCUGGUUUCUGUCGAUGAUACCAUGCCCGCGAUCAUUCAUCUGCUCGGUGAAUACGACGGCGUGCUACACCGCCAUGAAAGCAUCGCCGGCAAUCUUGGCGCAUGUCCGCUGGGCCCGAUCUUGAUCAAGCGAUUCGAGCGUCUAUUCGAUGGCCCGCCGCAAGUUCUCAAGUCGCAUGGCAAGGACGGUCCCACGGUGACCUGGCUGGAUGUGGUUGAGUUUGCGAAGAAUAAGCCGGAGCAGUUCAACCUAGAGAAGUCGCGCAAUGGUGUAAGAGUGUGUCAGUUUUACACCAAGCAGUGUCGCGUGGAGAUCAGUGAGGAGGAUUUCGUCUUGAUUGCCUCUGGCAUGCCCCAGAAGAUGAUCCCGCCCCAGCCUAUCAUCGAGGAUGAGGAGAAGGAGUUGGGUGCGCUGGAGAUUCUUGAGAAGAACUUGCAGCAUAUCACUCAGAUGGCUGAUCAGGUGUCUGCUCGAGCUAGACAGCUUAACCAUCGUCUGAAGAAUCGCCGUAACGCGAUUGUUACUCGCCGAGAGAACGAUGCCACUCUGCAUUCGUCAACUCAACCGAGCGCCGACAUCUGGCGUGAUCCCAACGUCUAUGGCCCAGGCAAUGGUGCUGCAUCCUCUCAUGCCUCCACAGCUGGUUUCCUCGCCGUCAACGCCCACCGUCCUGAAGGCGAGCACGAAGAGAACCCACUCUCGUCACAGUUCAUGUUCUCCCACUCCAAUACGGAUAAUGUAACUAUGAUCAAUGGGACCUCGAUAAAAGGCGCCUCUCCCACUACUCGCGCAGACCUGAUGAAGAAGUUCUUCACAACAGCAGACCGCCAAGCCCGCGGUUACGACGACACCGGCGCACCCCCAGCGCACCCCCAACCACGCCCUCGACCUCGCAUCUCCGAUUCAGCAGACUUCAGCCCCUACACCGCCGCCACCGCAGUCCCAGUCGCCAUCCCAAGCACGCCCUCCUCCCUCCUCCCCCCACCAAAAGCAACCCACCAAGAAAAAGACGACGGUGGUCCCUUCAAGCUCGAAAUGAUCGCCCGCAUGGAAGAACUCCAGCGCGGCGAGCGCGUCAUCCCACCCUGCGACCGCUGCCGCCGUCUCCAUAUGGAUUGCCUUAAGAACUUAACUGCCUGCGUAGGCUGCACUAAGAAACACGCCAAGUGUUCCUGGCGCGACGUCAAGGAAGACGAAGUCGCAGCAAUGCGCGCAUCAACCACGACCGCCUCCGUCUCCCACGACCGCAUGGAAACAGACCGUUCCAGCGCAAACAUCACCCCACCCCAAUUCGGUCUCGGUCCCUUGCCUCCCAUCUCCGCGGAACGUGAACGUAUCCGCGAACAACCCUUUGAUUCCGUCGCAGAUGCUAAUUCCUACUACAACGGUCGACGCGAGUCCGCCCCUUCUGCUCCAAACCCUGUUCCUGGUUCUAAAGUUCCCAUGGAAUUACCCUCGACGGAUAACUCGCCUCGUCGUGCUGUUAGCGAGACGGAGGGGAGGGGCCGGGAUCAUCCUGAUCGUCGUGUUCCCGCUGCUGCUCGUGUUCCUCGGCCUGAGGAGGAAGAUCCUGAUGCGAAUCAGCGUUUGAUGCAGGCUAUUCUUGAUACGGUUGAUCAUCAUACUCGUGUUGCGGCUGCUGUGCAGGAGAAGGAACGUGGUGCCGAGCGCGCUGUGGAGAACCCGAGCUCGAACCAGAGCUCGAACUCGAGUGUGGGUGGUCCUGUACCGGUUUCUGGCGUUGCUGCUCUUGAUGUCACUGCUGGUGCUGGUGCUGGUGCUGGUGCUGGUGCUGGUGCUGGCCCUGGUGCUUAUCCUCAUUCUCACUCUCACUCCCAUUCUCACUCUCAAGCGCGGAAGGUAGACGAUCAUGACCAUGACCGAGAUCGUGACCGGGACCGUCGCAUGGUCCAGGCAUAG